AUGAGACAUUAGAGGGAUAAAAACCUUUCAUUCAAAGCAUUCAACACAUCGAACGAAUGCUGUCAUUGUGUUUUGAGUGGCACUGGCAUCGGUUGUGUGUAUUGACGAGAAAUCUUAAAUCGAAGCGAAAAAAUUCAUUGAAACAAACAAAAACAAUUAUAGCAAAUCAUGACCAAAGAAAGUGCGUGUCGCAUUUGCGAAAAGAAAUAUUCGUCGAAUUUUGCAAAUCUUUUCGAUUCAAAAGUUAAGGUGUACGAAAAUGAUAAUUACAUGGUUUCGUAUUUUGAAGCGAUGCAGCAAUUGACAGGCAUGGAGAUUGAUUACAGCAACAAUGUGUCGAAUAACAUUUGUGUGGAUUGUCAAAAUCGCGUGAAAUUGGCGUACAAAAUUCGUGGUGAAAUCAUUAAAGCAAUUGAAAAAAAGAAUCCAAAAACGAUUGUCUAUCAAAUCAUCACAAAAAACAAUGGAAGCGAAGCAAAAUGCAUUGACGGUGGUUCUAUGGUACACGAAGAACUGGUGGAAAUUACCGAGGUCGAAGAAGAUUACCAACUGGAAUCGGAAUUGAGUGAACAAGUUUAUGUGGUUGAAAAGAAUGAUGAGGAAAGUAUUGAAUAUUUAAAUGAUGGGGAACUAAUCACAGACGAUCCAAUUAGCGAGGAACCAUUAGAUGCGGUCAGCUUUUUACUGGAAAAGAAAGACUUAUUCAAAGACGAUGAUGCCUCAAUGGCCAAAAAAGGACGACGCACUCACCGAUGUGAGGUGUGCGAAAAGACAUUUAUGCGCAAAUCCAAUUUGGUCGAUCAUCUACGUUUGCAUGCAAACGUGAGAUUAUACAAAUGCGAACAUUGCAGCAAAGAAUUCGUUCAGGCUGGAAACUAUCGUUCACACUUACGUAUCCACACCAAGGAGAGACCGUUCAAAUGUUCAAUGUGUCCAAAGACUUAUAAUCAAUCGAGUGCACUGAAAGUUCACAUUCGUUCCCACACAAAUGAGAAGAACUACAUUUGUCCAACUUGCGAUAAGGGAUUUACAAACUCAUCCGAUUUAAAUAAGCACAUUCGCGUGCAUGACCCAACCCUGAAAAUCAAGUGUGACUUUUGUGACAAGACCUUUGCUCAACGCGUCAAUUUAAGGAAUCAUGUGAUUCGUCACCAUCCCAAAAAGUCCAAGAAAUAAACGGAAUCCAUUGUUUGAAACAUUUAUUGAUAGUAAUAGGUUGGGCGAAUCAAAAUAUUUAUUUUUUUUUGUUUUUCGUACAUUCGGACAAACCAUUUUUAAAAUUAUUUCAAAUUCCGAUGCAGUUUUCUAAAUAUUUUCUUUGUGUAAAUAUUUUGAUUCGCUCAAAUUUUAACAUAACCCAACGAACAAAUAUGUAACGUUUUUAGGACAUUUUAACGUUAAAAAAUGUAACGCUUUAACCCAUUUUUGUGGCAAUUUUCGUGUCAAAUGGAAGGUAGAAUAUAGGCAUAAUGUGAACCACUUUUUCGGCUUUUUCGUGUUGCGAUACACAACAACAUCUUCUGUGUGUUUCGAUUGUUUCUCUUUUUGUUAUUAUAUUCUAAGAAACUGUAGCGGCAAUACAAUGUAAACAAAUGUAAAUAACAUAAACUCGUUGAGUUCAUAAUAUCGUA